AUGGCAAAUAUUAUCAUUUGGAAUGCCACAGCUUUGCUGGUAACACCAAUUAAGACAACCGCAAUAAGGAGAUCCUGUCUUGAGGUGUUCUUAAAAUUUUGGAUAGAACACCCAUCCUUCUUGGAUACUGUUAGAGCAAAUUGGCCUAAGGAGAGUGAUAGUAAUCCUUUUUUAAGCUUUAAAAAGAAGAUCAAGCAGAUGAAAGGAGCUUUGUCAGUAUGGAGUAAGGAAGCUUUUGGUGAUAUUUUCAAGCAGCUAAUAAUCAUGGAGGAUAUUGUGAGAAUUAAAGAGCAAUUAUUUGAAGAAAAUCCUACAGAGGAGAAUAGAACUAUCCUACAAGUGGCACAAGCUGAAAUGAAGAGAAAGAGGCUGCAAAUUAAGAGGAUUCAACAAUCAGAUGGUGUAUGGCUAGAGACUGAAGAAAAUAUAGCAGAUGGGGCAGUAAACUUCUUUCAUAAUCAGUUUGCACAAGAGGGAUCUAACUCUGACUUUAGUAUGCUCAAGCGCAUUCCUAGAUUGGUGUCUGAUAAAUCCAAUGAUCAGUUGUGUGCUUUGCCUACAUUUGAAGAAGUAAAAGAGCAGUAUUUGAGCUUAAGGGUGCUAGUGCUUGUGGAAAUAGUGACUGAUAUUAGGAAGAGAGGAAGACCUGCAAAUGUUGUUAUAAAUUUAGAUAUGGCCAAGGCAUAUGAUAGAGUGUCAUGGCUAUCUUUGGCAAAGUCUUUUGGAUUCUUUCACUCUACUAGAGGAGUACAGAAAGGUGAUCCACUGUCACCUGCUUUAAUUGUUCUAGCUGCAGAAGUUUUGUCAAGAAGCCUUAACAAUUUAUUUGAAAAGGAGCAAUACAAAAGUUAUGGAAUGCCAAAGUGGAGUGCCAAGUUGAACCACUUGGCUUAUGCUGAUGAUACCGUCAUUUUUGCUUCUGCUGAUAAGGUUUCUUUAGAGAUGAUUAUGUCUGUAUUAAAGGAAUAUGAGAAGGUGUCAGGGCAGUUGAUCAAUAGGGAAAAAAGCUCUUUCUAUAUGCAUCAGAAUACAGCAGCUUCUUUGUUUCAAGAGGUUGAAAACAUUACUGGAUUUUCUAGAGGUGCAUUUCAUUUUAAAUAUCUUAGGUGUCCUAUCUUUCAUUCAAGGAAAAAGAAGGUGUAUUAUAAUGAUCUUAUUAAAAAGGUGAAAGACAAGCUGCAGAACUGGAAAGGAAGAUUGCUUACUUUUGGAGGGGAGGCGAUACUCAUUAAUAGUGUAUUGCAAAGCAUGCCACUAUAUCUUUUGUCUGCGUCUGCUAUGGAACCUACCAAGUAUAGCCUCAAUGAGCUACAUAAGAUCUUUGCUAGAUUUUAUUGGAGCAACAAAGAGGAAGGGAGAAGUGGCCUGGGGUUCAGAUCAUUAUUUGAUGUGUCUAAGGCCUUGUUUGCAAAGUUGCGGUGGAGGUUUAGAACAGGAGUGACUAUUUGGGCCACUUAUAUGUGGAAUAAGUACUGUAAAAGGAAGAUUCCAACUCUGGUACAAUGGAAAGGUGGCUCACAGCUUUGGAAAAACAUGUUGGAGGUUAGAGAUGCAAUUGAGCAGGAUAUAUGGUGGGAGCCAAGAGAUGGUUCGGGCAACUUUUGGUAUGAUAAUUGGACAAAACUAGGUCUAUUAGCUGAUCUCAUGCCUUCAAACUUCCCUAUAGAUGAUAGUGUACAAGAGGUGAAGGACGUGAUGAUUAAUGAUAAAUGA